AUGGAUUUGGGGACGGCUGGACGAUCGUAUAUCGAAAGGAGGUCGUUCCUAAGUCAUAAUGGUGAUGGCGACCACUUAGACGGUGACUUUACAAUAUCCCGCCUGCUGGGCAUGUACUCAGUUCUGAAAGCUUUGGCACUUAUACAUUGUACAUUAUAUAUUCAUUACAAGCCUGUUGUCUCAAUGGGUUAUUGGUCACUUGCAUUGACAAUAAUUUUAUACUUUACGGAGGCCUUCUACUUCCAUUCAACAAAUCUCAAUUUUUACGUUGUAUUCCCAUGUAUAUUAAAUAUUAUCACACUCCUCGGCCUUAUUUACCUCCCAGGUAAGCUCAAGCUUUGGGGAACCAUUCCGGGAACCUCGGGUAUGGACAGAGAAGUCGACGAUGAGAAUGUACAAAUCCUCCGACAAAUGGGCAACUUUAGACGAAGGAAAGCUGGCAACCCCAUAAAAAACAAACAUGUU